ACGGGACAUGAGAAGUAUGCGCGUGGUAGCUUGAUCCGUGCCAUCAUAAUGCAUGAAUAUUGUCGAGGGGAAUGGUCCCGCACGAACCAAAGAAGCGGACUUGAUUUCAAUUGGAUCGGCCGGAUGGCUGAGUCCGCAGAAUCCUUGCCAACUUCGCUCGUCUUCCUGUCAAGAGCUGACCAAUCCAUUCCUCAUAUAAAGCGCCCAGUUCCCUCCCAGUUCAUGCCACAUUCCAUUUCCAUGUCGAUCAGCUGCUCAUCCUUCUUGCCAGACCUCUUGACCCAGUUCUUAGCUCACCUCAUACCUCCAGUUUGCACGCUUUCAACAUCUUUGGAUGCGCCCGGAUGCCCCCCAACUGGCCCGCUGCAGGAAAGAAUGCGCAGCUGAGCUGCACCAAACGGUGGCGAUCAACAAAGUGUGCGCCGCGGCGUGCGCAAGCGAGCCUUCAUUCGGCUACAGCCUGUCUUGGUUUCGACCUGCGCUGAUUGAUCCACUUUUCAAUUUCUCCCGGAGCUCUUGAUCCCCCUCUCAAUAUAUAGCUUCACCCGCCCUCAAUCAAUCUCUCUCCUGAGCUGAUCAUGUCUUAGGGAGCAAGUGUCUGCCUCUUUCCUUCCCCUCUCUUCUAUAUCUGCAUAGCCUUCGCCAAAAUCACAUCUUGUCACAUUAGAGGUGUUGGACAAUUUGAGCAUUGGUUUUAAGGCAGGAAAGAUGGAGGGACAGCAAACUGGUGAACCCGGAGAACCAAACAAAUUGGUAAUUGAAGACGCAGACUCUGAUGCACCAACUGUAAACAAGCCAGAAGAGAAGAAGAGCACAGUCGAUGGGACUAACGAAGGAGGGGGGGAAACUGCAGGAGAUGAAAACAAGGGGGAGCCUGAAGGCAAAAAGGCUACAGAGAAGGACAGUGAGUCGAAGUCAGAGGAAGCAAAGGACUCAGGGUCAAAGCCAGAAGAACCCAAAUCAGUCUUGGAUCAACUCUCCCCUCUGAAGUCCCCCGACACCACACUCUUUGUGGGCGAUCCAAAGAACGCUGAGCUGGUCAAGAACCUCAACCAAGCGGUGAACUCCGCGGUUUCAACCCUGAUUGGGGGCAAGGGCCGAGGGGGGAGCCCAAACGUGAAUGCAGCGGACUUGGCGCCACAGGAUUGGGACAAGCUGUUCACAAUGACAGGGCUGUAUCAGGGUUAUGACAUCGACGAAAAGUACCCCAGGAGGAGCAUGGAGCCUCUGUUUGUUCUGGCCAAGGGCCUGACAAAGAAAGGGGGCCCCACAGGACGAGGCAAAGAAGGGGCUGCAAUAGAUGCAGCCAACAAGACAGUGCCCCCUCAAACUGGAGCAGGAACAGCGGGAGGCGGAACUGAGGAGUCCAAGGGUGUUGCCAAGAAAGAAGCGCAGGAAAUGGCGAGAAAAGUCAAGAACAUACCAACGUUCUUGCCCCACGAUAAGAUGUCUGUGUCGGUGGAGACAACCCAGACGGAGCGCAGCCGGUUCUUCCUGGAGAACGGCUUCACGAGCGAAGAUCUGAAGAUCACUGUGCCGUACAUCGCCGCCUCGGUCGAAGCGAAGCAGACGGAGACGUGGGCGAAAAAGCAGGCUACGCGAACGGUCUACUUCACCGCCAAGGCCGAGUUUCCGCGCUGUCGCAUUGACAUCCGCUCCUCCGUCGAAAAAGGCUACCUCGAGAUCAACCCCGACUUCACGGAGCGCGUGGCUAAGAUCUGGGGGAACCUGAAAGCGAGAGAAAGGGACCUUUGUAACAUGGGGUCCGGCAUCUGCACGUUGGACGGAGAAGCCGACAAAACACCGGACGACCUUGUGAAGAGGCGGUGGAACAUCGUAAACGCCAUUGAAGGUAACAGUGCCGAAGCCGUGGGAAAAGCGCUUCAGAUGUCGAAGGAGAUGCGGAACAAGCAGGUCGAGAAUUGGGAGAAGGCAGCGGUGGAGAUCGCGAAGCUCAAAGACAUUCUCGAGGACGUGAAAGACCUGGUUCAACGGUUUGGAGCGGUGUGGGUUGAGGAGAUCACCCUGGGCGGUCAGAUCUACCGCACGUCGAAGGAGGACCUGACUUGGGAAGAGAGCACCCACGAGAAGUCCGAGUCGAUCAAGUCUGACGUCAAGGCGGCCGCGGCGGGGGGCGGCGCGGGCGUGGGCGCGAUGUUUGGCACCACGCAGAAGACCGGGCAAAGCGACACUGAGGCCGGCAACCAAGUCAGCCAUCAAGCAAUCGGCGGCGACACGCUGCUCUACAACGCCAAUGACCCCAACGAGUGGCUCGACUCGGUCAAGAGCCCACACCACUGGCGGGCAAUCCGUUACAAGGGGAUCAAGAAGCUGGACGAACUGCCGGGUAUCCAAGCUAUUGAAUGCAAGGUGCCGGGUGCUGGAGGUAGCUCCGAGAAAUUCAGCCUCCACGAGAUGCUGUCUGGCUUGCUGAAGAGAGCGGAGGGCGCGACGGAGUACGCCGUGAAGCGAGCGAGAGGCCCCCGACGGAGCCUCGGCGAGGCUUGGGUCAACGAUCUUGAAGGGUUCUGGUACGGCUGUUACACGUGGCACAAAUCCCUGACACAGAUACCCGGAGCAGUCGUUUUGACAAUGGAAAUCCACCGGCCAGAAGUCGAGCGCUUCACGGCAGCCACGUCAGGCGUCGAGUCGGCCUAUUUACACCAGCUGAAGAUCAGUGGUACCGGUCACGACGAUAAGGGAAAGUUCAUGAUAGAGGGCGACAUCGUUGAGCUUGAAAACAAGAUCCGGCGCUGCAAGAACACCCCGUACGAGAUCCUGGGCGUCGUGGAGAUGCGGAAACACUACCUCAAGAGCGCGCGCGGCGCCAACUGGCACGGCGCCAGCACGCUCAAAUACGCCGCGACACGGCUCGACGCGGAUGACCCGCCGCCAAUCGCGGGCGGGUGUUUCACCCGCUUUUGCAAGCCAAGCUGUCGGAACGAUCACACGCAUGCGUUGCAGAUGACCGACCGGAGCAAGGCUGGCCCGGACGACAAGGGGAAAAAGGAAAGUCAGGCGAGCACCGGGAAUGACGAGUGGCUGUACCGGGGGCAUUUGGACCGCUUGGGGAUGCACGGUUACUGGAUGUACAAGGGCCCGACCGUGGCGGCAGCCCUGCCAAAUGCCAAUCAGCACGAGCUGGAGUUUGCGCAGGAGGGGGGAACCUGGACCAUGGCUCCGGUUGACGAACUCCCCAGAUUUGACGAUCUGCACGUCAUCCCAGUCGACCCGCCGAUACCGAUCGCCGGGGAUCCGAAAGCCUCUGAAAUAUCCAAAAUCUCUGUUCGCCUGACGGACCUGGGGGGAGAAAUCAAAGAGAUGCUGAAAUUGGAUCCCAGCGACGGCCUUUUCGUGAUGGCACAGAGGGGGCACGGGUCGAAGCUGCCUCUCCCCAACAACAAGAUGCUCAAGGAAGUCCUGCACGAAGAAAAGCUGGAAUACUCGUGUGCGCACCUGACGCUAACGACAAAAGACCCGGAAGAUGCGCCGCUUGCGUUGAACGGCGCUCUUGAUCAGCCCGCUCGGAUCAUCAAAGACGGAGUGACCUCGCAGCUGGUGCAGCCGCGGUCCGCAAAAGCUGCGCUCGAUGCCCUGCAGAAGCUUUCUGGGUUUGGCAAAGGGGUUUUAAAGACGAAGAGCGGUACCGUUCUGAACCCCAAAACCUUUCUGGAGAGAGGCGAAAACUACGUGUUCGUUCCUGAGGACGCAGGGGGAGACAGGGAUUUCCUGCGCCCCCCUCAAGACCCGUGGAACUUCGUCGAGCAGGAAGCGGCAAUCAGCGAGCCCCGCCGCCGUUGGAUUCUGCCCCCGGACGCACACGUGUCCUCCGAUGGGCUCCCCUCGGAUCGCCCCCUGAGCAUCGACCGCUUCAUGGGCAUGUGGCAGGGCUACGUGGUGGAAGACUUUCUCCCGGGCAACUCCCCAGUGGCCGCGCUUGAGUCCCACACGCGCGCCAGCCGGCAGACAAAGCAGGAGAUCUCGCACGACUUCACCAAGGGGGGGCGUAAAACAGGGCGCUCGGGGCAGGUGCUUCCACCCCCGGUGUGGUCUAAAGUAACGGCGUGCGACUUGGUCGGGGGGUCGGUCGGCCACGCCAAGUACCUUGUCAAGGGUCAGACCUGGAAGGCUAUCAAGAGGGUGCCCAGAUGGCUCGUGCCGAGCUUGCGUCUCGAAGGGACUUUGACGCAGGUCCCGGUGGCCCGGCCCAACGAGGAAGACGCGAAACACUCGUACCCGAUUCUCGCCAAAGUGGAGGCGAUCGGCACUCCGGUGUUGUUUUCCGUCCGCAUUCCGUUCGUGCGGAAGCGCUUCUACAAGGGCCACCUCGACCACCUGGGAAUGCACGGCUUCACGGGGCGGGUUGGUGUUGCGGAGUUGCGUGGCACGUUUGGGCUCAUGCCGGUACAGGCGGACGUGGACGGGCGCCGGAAGGCCGAGCAGGCGAGGGAGGAAGCGCACAAGGAACUAGAGCGGCGGAAGAAGAGCGCGGGUCGGUGGCGCUGGCGGUCUCGCAGGCACCUGGAAGAGGACGAGGUCGAGUAGCGAGUGUCGCUUUGGUGGGCGGGAGGGGUCGGAAAUCAUGCAUUUGCUCAAAAGAGAUCAUGUUAAGUGCAUCGGUUCUUAGCGCUCCGGUCGGGCAAAUCAGGGGCGGGGCAAUCUCAUCCACAGCCUGGCAGUCGCGAAGGCUUUCUCAGAUAUACAUGAGCUAAUGUGUCAGGAUGUUAGGAAGCCUGGAGCCCAUGAUCUGCGCUCUAAUAAUACUGCGUGGACGCUUGUAAGGAGAAACUCUCUGUAGUGAAAGUAAGAAACAAGAGACUCAAAAUGAGUCGAUCCCCGCCGUGGGGGGGCUUGAGAGACUUGGGGUAUCCGGGGGAGCGGGUUGCAAUGACGGGCCGCUCCCAGGAAACAGAGGGGGAGAACAGAUCUUCAGCCACGUGUCGACGCUCACCGCGGCGGGUUGCGGGGUCGGUUGGCACUUUGAUUAAUACUGGCGUUCGUGUGAGCUCUAGGGAUUUGGAGAGAAUACAGUGUGUGUGUAUUAUGGCGGUGGUGAGCUCUGCAUCCUUUGUUGGGUGGCUGGUUGGUGUAGAUUUUACAGAUGUACAUUCGCGCCGUACUUAGAUUUGCAUGGUUGCCAGGGAGCUGGCGUGAAGAUAGCUAGAGGGGUCUUCCAAGGGACAUAAGUCUCCAAAUAGUUGCCCUGUGAAGCAUUCGCAGAUCAGGCCGGACUUUAAGUUUCCUCUAGCUAGGACGCCCAGAUGCUUCACAGUCCGCGUCUUGCCGCGUUUGGCUGAAGCGAAGAACGUUACCAGUCAGAUUGACCAUCCACGUACACGUACGUACUAAGAUAGUCGUAAGUGUAGAUUGAACUUUUAGUCCGUUGUCCGCAUGGCACCAUUCAAUCAUCUGACGAGUCUGGUAGGUCAUGAUUAGUUCAGCUUCAAACGUGUAAA